GCAUAUUGCUGUACUUUGAACCGCGUGGCAGAGACAUACAGAACAGAGCGGUCGAAUUCUACUGCGUAGCUCUGCAACAUAAUAUGAGGAAAUGAGAACCGGUUGCAUCCCUUCUGCAUCGCAUCAAUCCAACGAAACAAACUCUCACACCUGAGGGAUUGGCACAUGAUUUCAAUUGAUGUAGGUGGAUAUAUAGGAAGCUGGAGUUACACGGAUUAUACAUCAAUUAUAAGACAAGUGUUGACUUCUUCCGAUACCUUCAAAUCUGGCAGUGUAGCGUUACAACAUCACUGCUUUUGGCGGGCCAGAGACGAGUGUCGGAAAGAUUGCAAGUUUCCUUCUUUUAAAAACCGACUGGUGUUUGUAGUGAUUGUCAUGAUGACGUAUGCUCAACGGAGAUUUGUGUGUUCGCUUGUUUGCUGCAUCUUAAUUACGAUCGUCAGUGCACAGGAAGGUGACAUCGACUGUCCCUAUGACAUUGAGCAGAAUGCGAUUCAUGGAGAGGAAGGGGCUGUUGUUUUCUGGCCAAAUAUUACAGAAGAUGCAAAUGUUACGUGUUUCAAUCAGGAUGAAAACAUGGUGGUGGAAUCUGGAGAUGAAUUUCCAAUCGGAGUAACUAUCGUACAUUGCAUGAAUGGUAUGAAUGAUACUUGUGAGUUUGGCAUCUAUAUAACAGAAUGCAAGCCGUGUGUAAAUGGUAGCAGCCAGAACGACACCUGUGCCUGCGAGUGCGAUGAUGAUUACCAAGGCUUACUUUGUGAUGAAUGUGUAACAGAAAAGGAUUGCAUGAAUGGUGGAAUACUUAUCAAUGCGACUUGUGAAUGCGAGUGUCCUGAUUGGUUUGAAGGUGACUUUUGCGAAGUGUGUACACCUAAGGAAUGUGCAAACGGAAUGUGGGACAUAUCGACUUGUGAAUGUGAAUGCCUCGGUGGUUUUGAAGGCGAACUUUGUACUGAGUGUACAAAGGAAUGCUUGAACGGACAGUUGGACAAUACAACGUGUGAGUGCAACUGCACAGAAGGUUUUGAAGGCGAACUUUGCGCUGAGUGUACACCCGAUGAAUGCGCAAACGGUGGACAGUGGAACACCGCGACUUGUAAAUGUGACUGCACAGAAGGUUUUGAAGGCGAACUUUGCGCUGUGUGUGCAGCCAAGGAAUGCGAAAACGGAAAUUGGAGCUAUUCGACUUGUGUAUGUGACUGCGAUGAAGGUUUCGAAGGCGAACUUUGUACUGAGUGCAAGGAAUGUCUUAACGACGGUGGAAAUCAAAAUAAUUCAACCUGUGCUUGCGACUGUACCGAGUUGUACAAAGGCUUACUGUGUGAAGUAUGUUUAAAAUGUGAGAACGGAGGAUCGCUACAGAACCAAUAUACAUGUGAGUGCGAGUGUCCGGGGCGCUGGAAUGGCCCACUGUGUACAGACGGUGAAAAGACUGUCCAAAUUGAGAUUGCUGUGACAUCCAAAAGUAGUUGUAAUGCGACAGCCAAUGCAACGUCAAUGGAAUGCGAAUUAUUGGUGGGCAAUUUCAAAAAAGAGGUAGAAAAGUUAUAUCAGAGUUUACGUGGGUUCAAGGAAGUAGAAGUCAACCUGGAGGAGCUCAGGGAGGGCAGUGUCAUAAUUCCACACAACGUCACAUAUGACUACGCUAAAAUGAGUCAGGAGGGGAGACAGUUAUCGGCACUCGCCCUCUACGAUAGGACAGUUGGCCCAGCGGUGUCUGAGGGGAUGAUUGGGGCACUCUCAGUGUCCCCGGAGUGUACAAAGUGCAUUGCACCAGAAGAUUUAACGAAUACGUGUAAUGAGGAUAUAGAGUGCGGCAAAGGUUUUAAAGAGUACGAGAUGACCGAAGGUAAUUCUUCUUGCUACCUCAUUUGCCAGUCCAUUUGCCAAACAUCGAUUUGUGGAGACGGAACUUGUUUUCAAGAACAAGGCAGUGACGUCACUACAUGCAGGUGUCCCCAAACCUCUGAAGUAAUGUACAUCGGGAGCAACUGUCAGUUAAAGAUCGAACUGUUGUGGCUGUAUGUCGGCUGUGGUAUUGGUGGUGGUUUACUUCUGUUGCUGAUCGUCAUCUUGACCGUGUGCGUGAUUCGAUGCAACAACGAGAACAAGAAACUGAAAAAGGGACACGGUGGAAAAAAGACAGACAACGAGCUUAGAGUUGAAGUACUGGCCGUUCACAACAACGGCUUCGUGGGUGAUGGCACGGCAGCUACUGAAGAUGAGCAGGGUAACACAUCCUCGCUCACCCGGGCCCGUCCCUACUCCUACAUCUACGGCAAGGAGGACGGUGCCAACGGGGUCUCUAGGUCCAACUCCGGGGCCGCUCAGCGUAACUCACGGUACGAGGCACCGGUUGACAGGGAGCAACAACAGCCGCAAUACGUGGAUGACUUGGCUCAGCAACAACGAAGCUCGUACUUCUGGGGGAACCUCAGCGACCCGGUCAAGGAGGAAACUGAACUCAUCCCAAUGGUGCGGGGUAUUGACCCCAGUAAGAUGUAUAAGAUCCAGCGCCCCCAGAUUGCGAUGGGCAAACAAGACGACUUACCGGACAGGGAUUAUUUCUGAGCACGU